UUGCCUGUACUCCAAACACGAGGUGGCGCUGCAAUCUGUUGUGAAGUGGUUGUCGGUAGAUCUUAGUCAACUCCCUCGUUUUUAUAUCGUUGGUUUUUCCUGAUAACAGGAAAAACAGAGAGGUCUGGCCUAACGAUGUCAUCUCAGGAAUCUGGAAGUGACAAAACAGAGGCGACAAAGGAGAGAAGCUUCAGGACACCCGGUUUAAGAGGAGUGCAGACUACUACGCUUUUUCGUGCAGUUAACCCAGAGCUAUUCAUUAAACCUAAUAAGCCAGUGAUGGCCUUUGGACUGGUUACAAUAUCGCUUUGUGUGGCAUAUCUUGGGUACCUUCACGCCACCAAGGAGAAUGAUCAGCAGUUGUAUGAAGCCGUUGACAGUGAGGGAGAGAAAUACAUGAGAAGGAAAACAUCGAAAUGGGACUGAUUUCGUUUGAAAAUUAACAGUUCCUGGCACUCAGGCAAUCAAAUAUGAAUUACUUGUCUUCCUUUGCAAUGAAGUGCUACGAAAUGUUCCUGAAAGGACAGGGUUUCUGCAUGUGGAACCUGGGAAAAGUUGUGCAAUGGAGAAAGAAGGGGAGUCCAUGACAGUACUGACUUUUGUCUUUAUACGCAACAGAAAUGUAGAUCUGUUGUUUCAACCCUUUGGCUGAAACCAUGGUAAACAUGUUUAUUCAGUACUGUUAUGUAAUGUCUUCAUAUUGUAACAGUUUCACUGAAGACAAUAAUGUUAUACAUGUUUGCAUUUCCAGUAUGUACUAUCUGUUUCUGUAAUAAAUGCAAUAAUUUAUUUUA